AUGAAAUCUACCAAAUCAGUAGCUGAAAGUAAUGAUGGGUCGUACGAUAGCUUGUCGGAAUUCGUAGUCAACCGAGAAUGGCGCCUGAUAAAACGCAUUGGUGCCGGGUCCUUUGGUGAAAUAUUUCUGGCUGCCCACAAAAAAACAAAUGAGCAAGCUGCAGUGAAGUUAGAGGUGUAUAAAUCUGGUAUACCAGUGCAACUACAAACGGAAUUUCAUCUCCUGAGGGCACUCAGUAACAAUCCCGGAAUAACCAAAAUUUACUGGUUCGGGCGAGAUGGCGUUCAGAACUUAUACACAGCUUUGGUCAUGGAGUACUUGGGGCCAAGCCUAGAAGACUUGCAUGUCUACUGUGAAUGCAAGUUCUCUUUAAAAACCGUGGCAAUGCUGGCAGAUCAAAUGAUAAAACGGAUUGAGACCCUUCAUCGGAACUGUCUGAUUCACCGUGAUAUAAAGCCGGACAAUUUCGUCAUGGGUGUUGGGGCUAAUUUCAACACAGUUUACGUGAUUGAUUUCGGGUUGUCAAAAUACUACAUGGAUCCAAAAACAAAAGAGCAUUGCGCAUUUCGCGACUUUCGAAACCUGACUGGAACGGCCCGAUAUUGCAGUAUCAAUGCCCAUGCCGGUUACGAGCAAUCCAGACGGGAUGACCUGGAAUCGCUUGGUUACGUUUUCCUCUAUUUUAUCAGAGGGAGUCUUCCGUGGCAAGGGUUACAAGCCGACAGUAAACGUGAAAAAUUUCGAAAAAUAUAUAAGACAAAACUGAGCAUGCGCACAGAAACUCUUUGUCAAGGGUUGCCUGAGGAAUUCGCUAAAUACCUGAACUAUUGCCGAAACCUUGCGUUUGAAGAAGAACCAAAGUACAAAUAUCUCCGCGGUUUGUUUUGGCGUAUAAUGGAGAAAAAGUCCUACAAAUAUGACUGUCAGUUUGAUUGGAAUGAAAACCUGGCUGAUGAGGCAAGC